AUGACUUAUUUUUUUUUUGUUUUUAUAUUUUUUUUUUUUUUUUUUCAAUCUUUAAAAAUUUUUUUUUUUUUUUUUUUUUUUGGUCAUUCUUUCGAGGCAGAAAAUCCACGUGGCCAUUAA